GUCAGCACAGAGGUAAGCUUACGAGUUGGAAUGAGCGAAACUGAGAGGUGGUAUGCUAAGAAUUACAUACAGUUUUCAAGGAUUUUAUAAGUGCAAAAGCCUGUAAGCCUUUGAAAUCAUCUCUGACAAAAAAAGAAAAUGUCUUGGAUUCGGGAAAAGGAACUUAGUUUCAUUGAGCGUCUCACCGCCAACAUAUUAAAGGCUGGCCCAAUGCCCAAGCACAUUGCCUUUAUAAUGGAUGGAAACAGACGUUAUGCCCGUAAACUGCAUGUAGAAAGACAACAGGGACAUAUGCAUGGGUUUGACAAGCUGGCAGAGACCCUACGUUGGUGCUUAAACCUUGAUAUCCGAGAGGUGACUGUUUAUGCAUUCAGCAUUGAAAAUUUUAAACGUGCCAAGGAAGAAGUUGAUGGCCUUAUGGAGCUUGCACGACAGAAAUUUACCAGACUACUGGAGGAACAAGACAACUUACAGAAACAUGGAGUAUGCAUAAGAGUGCUGGGAGAUUUGGAUCUGCUUCCACUAGACAUUCAGAAGCUCAUUGCACAAGCAGUAUUAUCAACAAGAACUCACAACAAGUGCUUUCUGAAUGUAUGCUUUGCCUAUACCUCCAGACAUGAGAUCAGUAAUGCAGUGAAAGAAAUGGCAUGGGGAGUGGAGAAAGGCUUAAUAAAACCAAGUGACAUUUCUGAGUUUUUACUGGAGAAGUGCCUCUAUACAAGUAAUUCACCUGAUCCCGAAUUGCUAAUCAGGACAUCUGGUGAAGUUCGACUCAGUGAUUUUCUUCUCUGGCAGACUUCCUAUUCCUGCUUGGUAUUUCAGUCAAUCCUCUGGCCAGAAUAUUCAUUUUGGAACCUCUGCGAAGCAAUACUGCAGUAUCAACUUAAUCACUACACCCUACAGAGAGCUAGAGAGGUCCAUAAAGAAGAACAGGUACUGGAGCAGUUGGAAGCAGAUCGUUCUUGUGUAGCUGACCUGCUGCAGCAAGAUGGAACAGGAAAUCUAUUGGAUCCACAGUCCAAAAAGGAUUUACUACAGAAAUAUACUGCUGAGCGAGAGAAGAGAAUCCAUUGUUUUCUAAACAUUUUGCAAGAAAAAAGAAACAACUUUUUUGUAGAAUUAAACAAGAAUUCCUUGGCUUCUGCCAAGGCAUAAUUGCUGUGUAGCCAAAAAAAACUACAGUGAACCACUUCAGUAGUGAAGUGCUCUUUAUUAAAAAAAAUGUAUUAAUGUAAAAUAAAAUUGUUACCCCUAUGGGGAAAGAAAAUAAGUAGACUAAACCAUUCAUUAAAAUAAUCCUGAGGUAUUGAAGGGUACAGAAAGUUAAUGGCUACGGUAUACAAAAAUAAAUUUAUAUUCAGGA